AUGACCAGAGGCGCGCUGAACUUCGUCUACAUCAAGGCGCUCAUCGCUGUGUUUGCCGCCUGCCCGGUGCACGGUGCGAAUCCCGCGGUAAGCUCGGUGCUCCUGGUGAAGGCGUCCGACGUGUCCGAUGCCGAGGCGCACUGCGUGUUGUACGUGCCCGCCAUCAAGGACAUCGCCAAACGAGAAGCUGACGCGGAGUACCUGCCUCUGCUGAACGUGCUGAACGACACCGAGUGCGACUACGAGCGGCGUAGCUUUGAGGGCAAGGUGGUGCUCAUGGAGCACUGCGACAACACCUCUAACGACGACAUUAUUCAGAAGGCAAAGAGCGCCAAGGCGGCAGCCAUUGUGGUGACGUACAACGAGAAGCGACCGAUAGCAGAGACAAGCACUGACAUAAAGAAGCUGGACAUAGUCGUCGCUUUUGCCAAGAAUUCGACAGGACGCCAAAUUGCCCACUACGAGGAGAAGCACGCGAACGGCACCGUGAUGGCUAAGCUGUUCACGCGUUCCACAGCCCUGGACUGGAGCUUCGCCAUCAUCUGGCUCAUCGCAGUAGGCACAGUCACUCUUGGAGCCUACUGGUCCGGCAUCGCACAGUGCGGCCGGUAUAAGCAAAAAGUCGCGCAGCCCGUAAGGACCCGCAGCAGGCCAAAGAGAAUCAGCCGUCGUCUGAGAAGACCUAGCGAACCUGACAGGAAGCCUGCACUGCCUGGUCAUCACGUUCGCCAUGGCAUCCGCAGUUGCACUGAUUUCCUGUCUGGAGCCACUCGUCAACCACAUCAGCGUCGGGAGAUCGAGGGUGCCAGCACAGGUGGCAGCGUGUUGUCAGACGCGCAUGGAAGUCAGGAUCUGCUCGGCGUCGCCUUUUGCAUCAACAUGCUCAAAAGCAUCCACCUGCCCAACCUCAAGCUCCUCUCCUUACUCUUGAUGCUCCUGCUGGUGUACGACGUCUUUUUCGUCUUCAUUACCCCUUUCUUGCGCGUGAACCGCGAAAGCGUGAUGGUCGAAGUGGCCAAAGGUUCCGGGGUCAGAGAGGUCCUGCCAAUGGUGAUCAAGUUCCCCAGGAUCUACCGGAGUGGCUACUCUAAGUGCUUCCAGAUGAAGUUCUCCAUCUUGGGCCUCGGGGACAUAUUGGCGCCAGGUAUGCUGAUAUCCUACUGCCACACGUUUGACCUGUUUGCACUGGGCAGGAGAUUUUACUUCUAUAUUGCGUGCGUAUCGUAUGGCCUGGGCAUGGUGGCUACGUUCCUAGCUUUGGAGCUGAUGAGGAACGCCCAGCCGGCUCUGCUCUACCUGGUUCCCUUCACGAUCAUUCCAACGAUCACCACGGCCUGGUCGAAGGGAGACCUUUUCGCCAUCUGGAACGGAGUCAAGGCACGCAUGCCACCUAUGGUUGCUAGCCCUAGUUAA